AUGCCGGGACACAGCCGGCCCCGCGAGGCCGCACCACCAAGUCAUCACCCCGGGCUCUGCAGCCCGCACCUCGAGACGCAGCCCCACCUCAUGGCGGAUCAACCCGCACUCACACCAUCUCCCUUUUACGUGGAUGCGUUCACCCUACAACCUCUGCCCUCUGCUCCCGCACGGGUGGGCGGCGCUGCCAGCCAGCUUCUGGCUGGCUCCACUAGAAACGACCUGUCGCUGUUCACUGCCCUGCUUCCCUUGGUAGCCAAGGGACCUGCAGUGUUUCUUAACCGUGUCCUGCUGACCUUUAGGACAGGAAGUUCUUUGUUGGAUGGAGGCUAUCUGGAGGGGUCGCACGGAUCUGUCCAUGUGCUCUGCUCACUUCCUCUACGCCCGCUGGACAGCGACCUGAUGGAGCUGAGCGGCUGCUGCCUGGAAACCUUCCUGUGUCCCGACCACACGCCUGACUUCCCCUCACCUCCUCACACGCCUGACCUCCCCUCACCUCCACACGGCCCAGGGCCUCGAGGCCGCCCACGGGCCCCGGACCAGGCUGCCCCCCCACUGGACCUGUGCCUGCAGCAUGGACAGGGGAGUCGGUUCGGGGCCGCACCAGGGAGCCGGGCUGUGGGAGAUGCCCGGGGACCCCGGCAGGGCGGGCGGGCCGAGGCGAGGGGCAGAAGCGGGAACUGCGCCCUGCGCAUUGAUGAACUGCCUGAGGGAGCCGUGAAGCCCCCCGCAAACAAGUAUCCUAUCUUCUUUUUCGGUACUCACGAAACUGCAUUUCUAGGUCCCAAAGACCUUUUUCCAUAUAAGGAAUACAAAGAUAAGUUUGGAAAGUCAAACAAACGGAAAGGAUUUAAUGAAGGAUUGUGGGAAAUAGAAAACAACCCAGGAGUGAAGUUUACUGGCUACCAGGCAAUCCAACAGCAGAGCUCUUCAGAAACUGAGGGGGAAGGUGGAAAUACGGCAGACGCCAGCAGUGAGGACGAAGGCGACAGAGUAGAAGAAGAUGGAAAAGGCAAAAGGAAGAAUGAAAAAGGAGGCUCAAAACGGAAAAAGUCCUAUGCUUCAAAGAAAUCCUCUAAACAGUCCCGGAAAUCUCCAGGAGAUGAAGAUGAUAAAGACUGCAAAGAAGAGGAAAACAAGAGCAGCUCUGAGGGUGGAGAUGCCGGUAAUGACACAAGAAACACAACUUCAGACUUGCAGAAAACCAGCGAAGGGACCUAACUACCAUAAUGAAUGCUGCAUACUAAGAGAAACCACAAGAAGGUUCAGUGUUGGGUUGUCUAAUAUUCUUGGAUUUGAUAUGAACCUACACAUAGUCCUGUUGUCACUGGCAGCCCAGUUUGUACGUACAUCGUCCAUAUUCCUCUGUUACGUUGGAAAAGACAUGUUAGCCUUUUUUAAGGUUAUUGAUUUGAUUUCUUGUUACUUGAUUGCAUGAAGUUGCCCUUAGCCACUGAGAAGCACUGAGGUUUUUGCGCAGACUUCCACAUGUCUGGGAUCCUCUCGCCAAGUCCUGCCUUGGCCUCUGUCGACCAAGCACCCAGUUAACGAUGAGCGUUUUUAUAUGACCACCCAGCACAGGCAUAAAGACAGGACGUCCUCUUUGACAGAACUCAGGAGCUAAUCCCUACAUACAUAAUUGGUAAAUUGGAGAGUAAAUUGUCUUUCAGUUUUGAGGCUAUGUGUAAAAGUUCAACCAUCUUGUACAAUGUCUAUUCUAUAUUAGAAAUAGCUAGUCAACAGCUUACACUUCUCAAAAUACACGGUGUGUACACAAACUGAGUUUCUAUAUGUGAAGGUAGCGAGUCUUCUGUGUUACUCCAAAUUAAAGGCAGGGAUUUAUCUUUCCCCGAUGCCAGUACACGCUGAGCGAGCACGCGAGAUGGAUCCUUGACGCAUGGACCUGCGGAGCUCAGCGGAGCCCUUGGCAGCGACAGGGCAUUGACUCCGCCUAGGGGCUUUGAAAACGGACUGUUUCCUUCUGGAACUAGAAUUAGAAUAGUGAAAUAGCCAUCCACAAACCAUUACUAUGUGUACAUGAUUGUUGCUAUUGUGAUAAUAGAGAACGUAAUUUAUUUUUAUGCCAGCCUAUAUUGUGAGCACACAUCUAGUCAGUUUGGGUUUUAUCGAUCCUGUUUUGCUCGUCCCUUGAACAUUUUUCGAGUACUCGAGGUUUGUAGUUGAAAAGUUUACUGUAAAAAAAAAAUCAAAAACAAAAAAAUGUAUUGUUUUUACAGAAUAAAUAUAUUGGAAUGUGUACUGGGAGUAAGAUUGAGGUUGUGAACCAUCGAGUCAGUGUAACUUGGCUUUAUUGUGACGUGAGGUAUUAAUGUAACUCGUUUAUUAAAGCGAAACUUGCCAACAGCGAGUUGACGAGAGUCGAGUGCAGGCAAGGCUUUUCUUUCUCCCCUUUUGUAUGUUUAGGCUCUCUGGGUUCUAGGUGAACACUGGGGAGGUUGAGAAGCGAUAGCAUGUCUUCACACUCAGCGGACCCUAAGUUCACACCUUGGCAUCCUGUCUUCUUUUGGUGAAGAAUUGAUAAACAAAGAAUAUGUGAUAAGUAAACGCCAAGGGCCGUUGGUGAUUGUGAUGAUGGUGGUGGCGGCCGAGGUGUUCACUCCGGAUGGGACGCUGCCCGCCCGUCCCGGCUGCUCCAGGCACCAAGGCGGCAGCCCUGGAGCUGUUUGUCUCUCGCUUAACAAAUCCUAGCUUCCGCUAUCAUACUCACUUCCAGAUCCAAAAUGACGACAAAGAGAUAGCAGGGAAGACAAUCGGUCUUUAAAAGGUACUUCUAAUUCUAAUUUUGAAUAUUUUAUUUCAAAACUAAUUCAGUAUUGGCUGGGGUGUGGCUCAAGUGGUAGA